GAGGGAGAGCCGCCCCGCCGAGCGGCGCAGGCGCAGGGCCGAAGGCGGCGGGCCGGGCGAUGGAGGUGGGGGCGGCGUGCUUUGAGCGGCGCCUGCCGCGGCUGCGAGGCCGUGUCCGCCGCGCUGCCUUCCUGGCCCUUGAUAUGGAGUUUACUGGCUUGCAUUCAACUUCCCCCCAAAACAACGAGCCCAGCCUGUUUGACUCUCCUGUGGAUCGGUAUCUGAAGGCUAGACGGAGCGUUCAACGCUUCACCGUCACUCAGCUUGGGCUGGCAAUAUUCUCAAAUGAAAACUCAAACAAGUAUGUGGUGCAUUCAUACAACUUUUUUCUCUUUCCAUCAACACUGGGAAUUACAGAUGUCGAGUUUUCCUUCUCUGCAUCUAGCAUUCAGUUCCUGUCUCAUUAUGGCUUUGAUUAUAAUAAGUUCCUCAAAGAUGGAAUCCCAUACAUGAAUGAGGUACAGGAGAAGAUCCUGAGCCAGCAUCUCUCAGAAAGUAGCUGGAAACACAGCAGUGCCCUGGACAGGGAUGUGCUGAAGAAGGCUAUUGAUAAAGUGACCUGUUGGAUAGCUGCUGCAGAGGAAGAGGAGACUAUGACUCUGCAGGACCUGAGUGGCUUUCAGAUAUUUGAAGUUCAGCUGGUUCUGCGAAGGGCUCUCCAAAAUGUUUGGACACAGCCUCUUGGAGGGAAGAAGGUCAUAGUGAAAAAGGUGAGUCCACAGCAUCGCCAGCUUCUGGAGAACUCUCGUUAUGACUGCUGCCGGAAAGAGCUUAUUCUCCUGUCUGCCCGUGGCUUCACCAACCUCUUCCAGACACUUGUUAGAGCCAAGAAGCCCCUGGUGGGACACAACAUGCUUAUGGACCUUAUGCAUCUUCAUGACAAGUUCUACAAGCCCCUUCCAGAAAGCUAUGAAGAGUUUAAAAGAAAUAUUCACAACCUGUUUCCUGUCCUCAUAGACACCAAGACUGUUACAAAAUCCAUCUGGGAGAAACACCUCUUUCCUCGAGCAUCUAAUCUUCUGGAGGUAUACACAACUCUGUGCAGCAGCAACGCAAAUCUCAGCGAUCCAACGCGCCCAGUGAUUGCUCUUGCAAGGGAUUGCUCAAGAUAUGCUGAGAAAAAAUCUCCUCACGAGGCAGGCUAUGAUGCAUUUCUCUGUGGUUCAGUUCUUCUGCACUCAGCUCAUUUGCUGCUGCGCACACCUACAGAACGUAGCGACGCAGCGGAGGCUGUGCCUUCCUUCUCUGAGUAUCUCACCGUGUUAGCCAACUAUCUGAACAAAGUGAAUUUCAUCCGAGGUGGUGUUUCAAGCAUUAAUUUUUCAGGAGAGGACACCCCCUGCCAGCAUCCCCCUCCUUUAGUCGUCCAUGUCCAAGGCUGGCCAGAGGUGAAUGAAAGGCAGCUCUGCCAAGAGUUUAAGGCCCUUUGUCGCUUUGACGUCAGACGACUGUCAAAGAACCAGUUCAUUCUGCUCUCCGAUAAAUAUAAGCACGUUAGGUUUGUUCUGCGCGACUUCAAGCAUCACCCUCGCCUGCGGAUUUCCGUCUAUCGCCACUGGAGGCACUCCCCGCACGUCAGCUGCCUGCUGCGAGUCUCUGGUAUUGUGGUAGUGUGGUCUCUGUUGGCCUUUGCACUCGGAGGAGCUCCACGCUGUUCAUCUUAAGAGGACUGCAGAUGAGACCAGAGGAACAGAGAUCUUCUUUUUUUUGGUGUUGGUCUAUGUUUUGUUUCACUUUGUUGAAUAAACUGUAACAAAAAAAAACCACCUAUGACUAGUGGGUCUUGUUGCUUCCUUGUGAGUGUGUUUGUAAAGAGGCUCUGUUGGUUUCCAGUUUGUAAUACUUUGUAAUCUGUUCAAAGCAUGGUCCCCUCCUGAGGAGGGAGAGGUGGUUCUUUCAGACUCUGUUUAUUCUGGUCCUCCCUUGGUUCUUCACAGCUCUCUGUAACUCUGGAUAUGCUGCUGCAUAAAACCCAUUUCUGAUGAAGUUCAGGGAGUUGUGAAAUUCAAUAAAGUGUUUUUAACUUCAACUGUAAA